GUACACUCUGCAAGAUCAUUGUACAUAUGAGAUGCAUUUCAUCUUUUGCAACAGUCCACCACCUCCUCCUGGGUUUUCCUAGGCACCUGUGCAGAGACUGAGUGAGAACGCAGCUUUGCAGGUAUUGCCAAGAUGAUCCAUUUGCAGAAACCACAGCUGCUGCAGAUACUAGAAAAGUCCUUGAGAAAGAGCCUUCCCGAGUCUCUGAAGGUUUAUGGUACCAUCUUCCAUAUGUACCAUGGAAACCCAUUCAAUCUAAAGGCUGUAGUGGACAAGUGGCCUGAUUUUAAUACAGUGGUUGCUUGCCCUCAAGAGCAGGAGAUGACCAACAACUUUGAUCACUACACCAAUACCUACCUAAUCUACUCUAAGGAUCUCAACAAGUGUCAAGAAUUUCUUGCCACGUCAGAUAUCAUUAACUGGAAACAGCAUUUGCAGAUCCAAAGUACACAGGGCAGCCUAGAUGAAGUAAUACAAAAUCUUGCAGCUUCUAAGUCGGUCAAGGUCAAGAGAACACAGUGCAUUCUUUAUAUGAUGCCCGACACAGCAAAGAAACUGGUCCCUUCACUCUCGGAAACAAUGAACUUCUCUCCUCAACCUGUCAAAUCCAAGGCUAUUAACCAAGAGAUGCUUAAACCUUCAACAAUGGAUGUGGCCUACGCACCGUUGGUAAAUAAAUUCUGGCAUUUUGGUGGCAAUGAGUGGAGCCAGAGAUUCAUAGAGCGUUGCAUCCGGACUUUCCCCAGUUUCUGCCUGCUGGGGCCUGAGGGGAGCCCUGUGUCAUGGUGUCUGAUGGACCACACUGGAGAGCUGCGAAUGGGAGCUACGGUGCCCGAGUACCGAAACCAAGGCCUCAUCUCCUACGUCAGCAACAAGCAGAACGAGGCUCUGAACAAACUGGGCUUCCCUUUAUACUGCCACACAGACAAAUCCAACAAAAUCGUGCAGAAAAUGGGGGACUCUCAACGCUAUGUCCGCAUGCCAUGUGACUGGAACCAGUGGAACUGUGUGCCUUUGGGAAGUGAGCUCUAAGUAUGCCCUGAACACAAGACAGUGUUGUGGGCUGUGCAUGCUGCCACCAAGGUGGAUGAAUGCACAGAGAGAAGCAAUCCUGUCAAUCAGCAGUAUUGGAGGGGGCAUACUGACACUUUAUGGAUUAUCUUCACAGAGAGGAAAGCUUUCACCAAUAAACCUAUCUAAAUUUCCUAAUGAUCAUGCAAAUAUUUUCUGUAUAAGUAUCUUAUCUG